CCGCCGGCCGAGAGGGCGAGCUGGUGUUUGAGAGGAGGGAGGAGUACGACGGCGGGAGGAUCAUUGACAUCUCCCACUACUACAGGGAGGACAUGCCGGCGUGGGAGUCGGCCGAUGGGGUAGGGCAGUUUCUGCGACUGCUCCAAUCCAUGGACAAUGGUUCGCUUGCCAACAACUCCGAGAUGAUGUUGCCGGCCCACACUGGCACCCACGUUGACGCCCCCGGCCAUGUCUUCCAGCACUAUUUUGAGGCUGGGUUCGACGUCGAUACCCUCGAUCUCGAAGUUCUCAAUGG